UAGACAUCAAUCUCAGAAAAGCACUGCUUCUGCAUCCUGGUCAAAUCGUCUUUUGCAGAUGAGAACUUCUUUCUUUACUAAAUUGUGUGAUUUUGAAUCAAUGUACUGUGUGAUCCACAAUACUGGUGGUAAAGGAAAACCGUAACAACACAGUGAACAUGAUGUUGAUACAUUCAGUCAAAGCAAGAAUUUCACUCAUUCACUUCAUUCAUUAGCUGAUUAGCACUGACUUUGAUGUACUAGCUAUAAAUCACUGCCACAUUUGCACUUGUGCGGUUCUUAGCAUAUUAAUCAUUUAGACAACAAUGACUGUGCAGGUAUUCAUGGUGCCACUUUUAAUUAUCUACCAUGCACUCAGUUUCUCUCAUCAUUUAGGUCUUAAGCGGGGAUUGAUUGAUCAUGGGAGGACCUUGAGUCAUGGUUAGAUAGUCCAUGGCAAAGUGACUGUUCUCACGUAAAACGUGUUGCCCCCUCAAACAGGAAGUUUAUAUACCGUAGUCGUAAGCACACACAUUCUUUGAAUGUGCAAGCUGUGUGUGAUUCAAAAUUGGUCAUAACAAACAUUGUGGUGAAAUAACCAGGUUUAGUUUGCCGCUUCCAUUAACACUUCCAAUUCAAUACUUGAGACCCCAAGUUUGCUUUGCUUGCUCUGCUCCCCCAAAUUUUCCAUGGUAAAAACCAAUCAGAGCUACAUAAAGCAUAAAAUAAUAGGGCAGUCUCCCCUACUUUUAUACCUGUUGCCAAUUGUGAAACAAUCUUAGUAUAUCACACACAACUAACACAGCAUGCAAUCUGUUAGAGUGAACAUGCAAUUUAGCAGCCGCUUUUUGGGAUGUCAGCGAACAGGUCCUAUGAGGUCCAUAGUGCUCAAUUAGAGAAGUACCGUAUUUUCACGACCCUAAGGCACACUUAAAAGUCUUAAAUAUACUCCAAAAUGGUCGGGGUGCCUUCUAAUGCCUUGUGUAUGCAACGAGUUCCAACAUCUAUAAAUGUUGUUGUGUGAUGAGCGCUCCGCUUGACUUUUUUUUGACCGCUUGACCGACUGGGAGCAUUUUCUGCCGACAUGCUGCUUAUACAGAGGAAAAGCGGACGUGGCUGAGGACAGCAUGUGGACGUAAAGGGGGAAGGGUGUGUUAAGGAGGACGCUAAAGCCACGUCCCCAGUAGGUAUAUAGCGCCCCGGGUGUGCAUUGUGCAAAACAAUAUCGGUUUGGCUAAGGACCCCCGAAAAUGGCACCUAUGAAGAGACACGCUUACGAAGCACAGUUUAAACUGCAAUCUAUCAGUUACGCGGAGGAACGUGGGAAUCGAGCAGCCGCGAGAGAAUUCAAGAUCAACAAAUCCAUGGUUCGCAAGAGGAGGAAGCAGGAAAACGAGCUUCACCAAGUCAAGAAGAUGAAGCUAGGUUCCAUGGAAAAAAAGAAAAACAAAACGCGGAAACAAGGCGAGGUGGCCCGAGUUGGACUAAGGACCCCCAAAAGUGGCACCUACGAAGAGACACGCUUACGAAGCACAGUUUAAACUGCAAGCUAUUAGUUACGUGAAGGAACAUGGGAAUCGAGCAGCCGUGAGAGAAUUCAAGAUCAACAAAUCCAUGGUUCGCAAGUGGAGGAAGCAGGAAAACGAGCUUCGCCAAGUCAAGAAGACGAAGCUGAGUUUCCGUGGAAAAAAAAGACAAAACAAAAUGCGGAAACAAGGCGAGGUGGCCCGAGUUGGAAGACAAACUCGAGCAAUGGAUUAAUGAGCAAAGAACAGCCGGGAGAAGCGUCUCUACAGACACCAUUCGACUGAGUGCAAUAACUCUGCCAUGUGCAGCAAGUGAGAAAGCUUGUCAUCAUUCCGGGAGGAUUGACUAAGGAACUCCAACCGCUGGACAUCCGUGUAAACAAGGCAUUCAAAGUGAAGUUGCGAGCGGCGUGGAAGCGAUGGAUGACAGAUGGCGAACACAGCUUUACUAAGACUAGGAGGCAGCACCGGGCAAGUUACGCCACAAUUUGUGAAUGGUUUGUGGAUGCUUGGGCUAACGUGUCUGCUUGCACUGUUUUUUCGAGCUUUCGUAAAAGCCGGCAUCAUUUCUGAGGAGCCGCACGGCAACGAGACUGACUCGAACAAUGACGAGAGGGAACCUGCCGUGUUUGAUUGAGAACCUGCCCAACUGUUCAUUUCGGAUACAGAAGAUGAGGACUUUGAUGGAUUUGUGGGUGAGGAUUGAUCAAAAUAUAACGAGUGGAUAUUCGAGACACCUUCAAUUUUCUGAAGUCUUCUGAAAUCAGGAAUCUUAAAUCUGAAAUCAAAUUCUGGCACGCACUAUCACACACUCACUACAAGAAAGCAACAAGUGCAAUAACUGUGCCCAAUGGAUCUGAUAUUUUCAAGCAAUUUACUCAUCAUGCUGUAACUGAAGGUUCACAUUUUUUUACCCUUCAAAGGUAAAACAGGCUGCUGAUUAUUCUCACAAAACACAUAGGCAAGGGACACUUUCCACUUGUACAAUUAGUCAGCACAGAAACAGCAUGGCCAACCGUGACCAAAACAACAUAUACCACCAAAGUGAUGGGGACAGCUAUGGGACAUAUGGCGAAGGUGAUGGAGGUGGUCACGAUGGAUAUGGCUACCAAGCCGAAUACCCUCCCCAGGAAGAGGACGCUGCUAGUGAUGUAACUGAAGGUCAUGAUGAAGAAGACCAGAUGUACGAAGGAGAGUAUCAAGGUAUACCACAUCCUGACGAGGUCAAGGCCACACAAAGAGCUGCAAGGGCGAAAUCUCGAACUGGCGGUGCACUCUCAGAACUGCAGGAGCUAUCGGAACAGUAUGAGGAUAUCAUGGAAGAUUGUGGCCAUGGAAAGUUCCAGUGGACACUCUUCAUGGUGCUGGGCCUGGCUCUGAUGGCUGAUGGGGUCGAAUGUUUUGUGGUUGCCUUUGUUCUACCAUCUGCCGAAAAGGAUUUGUGCCUGUCCAAUGCAGAGAAAGGGAUGCUGGGUCUAAUUGUCUUCCUGGGUAUGAUGGUGGGAGCGUUCAUAUGGGGUGGUCUCGCAGACAAAGUUGGCCGUCGACGCUGUUUGGUUGUGGCAUUAGCUAUAGACUGCGUCUUUGUCUUCCUGUCCUCCUUCGCCCAAAGCUAUGGUUUCUUCCUCUUCUUCAGGCUGCUGUCAGGCAUCGGUAUCGGCGGCACAGUGCCGAUUGUCUACUCGUACUUCUCUGAGUUCCUCCAGAUGGACAAGCGAGGAGAGCAUCUGUCCUGGUUGUGUAUGUUCUGGAUGAUUGGUGGGAUAUAUGCAUCUUUCACUGCCUGGGGAAUCAUUCCCAGAUAUGGUAAGAUUCUAAUAUUUCUAUUGUAUUGUAUCUACAAAUACAACUUUGUAUAUAAUCUCAAGUUUAAUAAUCUGUUUGUAUUUUGUGUAGGUUGGGGGUUCAGUAUGGGCACAGAGUUCCAGUUCCACAGUUGGAGGUUAUUUGUUCUGGUUGCAGCUCUUCCUGCCAUUGCCUCUCUGGUCGGACUAACUUUUAUGCCUGAGAGUCCUCGCUUCUUGCUUGAGAAUGCCAAGCACGAUGAAGCAUGGAUGAUUCUGAAGCAGGUCCACGACACCAACUGGAGAGCCAAAGGACAGCCAGAAAAAGUCUUCACCGUGACUCAUAUCAAGGCUCCGAAGACAGCAGAGGAUGAGAUAAUUGAGAUUCAAAGUGCUACAGGAACAGCUGUACAACGCUGGGUUGUCCGCUCACUUACACUCUGUAAACUGGUGCUAAAGAACGUAGCAUCUCUCUUUUCUGCUGAGCUGAGGUUUGCUACUCUCUUCAUGGCCAUCAUCUGGUUCUGCAUGGCUUUCAGCUACUAUGGCCUAUCUGUGUGGUUCCCAGACAUGAUCAAGCACCUUCAAUAUGAAGAGUAUGAGUCAAGAGUCAAGGUAUUCCAUAAAGAGAAAGUGGAGAACUUCUAUUUCAACUUUUCUUUAGAGAAUCAAGUCCAUAAAGAAGGGGAAUACAUCCAUGACAAGUUCAUCAAAAUAGAACUGAAGUCUGUGAAGUUUGAGGACUCAUUGUUUGAAGACUGUCUUUUUGAGGACAUCAAGUCCACUGACACAGUGUUCGAGAACUGCACCAUACGCAACACUGUCUUCAACAAUACAGAUCUGAAGGAGAAGUUCAUCGACUGUAAAAUGGAAAACAACACCUUUGAGCAUGACAAACGUGGCUGCCACCUGGACACUGGUGAAGAGAAUGAUGUCCUCAUAUAUCUGGUCAGCUUCCUCGGCAGUCUGGCCGUGUUGCCUGGGAACAUCAUCUCCGCCCUCUUCAUGGAGAAGAUUGGCAGAGUCAAGAUUAUCGGUGGCUCCAUGCUCGUCUCAGCAGGGUGUAGCUUUUUCCUGUUUCUGAGCUUCAGCCAAUCAGCGAUCAUCGCUCUACAGUGUCUCUUCUGUGGCGUCAGUGUGGCUGCAUGGAAUGGCAUCGAGGUGGUGACAGUAGAGCUGUACCCUGCUUCUAAAAGGGCAACAGCCUUUGGCGUCCUGAAUGCUCUCUGUAAGUUGGCAGCAGUUCUUGGCAGCUCUAUCUUCGCCAGUUUUGUGGGCAUCACCAAAUCCAUCCCCAUCCUGCUGUCCUUCACUGCGCUGGUCUGCGGCGGCAUGGUUGCCCUCAAGCUGCCUGACACGCGAGAGAAAAUUCUCCAGUGAGGUCACUUGAGGUCCAGUAAUUGAGAGUGUUUAAGACAUAUUGUAUUUUCUUGAUUUUGAAAUCUUUGCAGCACCGAUUGACUUUUACAGUAAUUUUCUUUCCAAAGCAAGAAUGGAAAAAACUAACACUUUUCAAAUAUAAAAUGCCAUGUUUUAAUGUUGUUGUUGUUUUGUUUUUUUUUUAAUGUUGACAAUGCGUGUUUUGAGAGGCUGCUCCGCCUGAUAAAUAUAGUUUGUUUUAGGGAUCAGGGAAGGGAUGAUCCUGAGAUAAUGUGUGAAAAGAAUAUUCCUACACUAAUUAAAAUUACAUACAAGCACAUUAGAUGACAAAAAACACAUGAACUAAUUGAUCAUCAUUUCACCUGCUCUGUAUUGAAUGUCUAAUGGGGAAAAAUUACAUUACAAACUUUCAACUGAAGUCCGGGUUUGUCUCAGUAGAAAUAAAGUCCACACUACAAUUGUGAUCAGCUGUAAACAUAACAAACAAGUGUACUCUCACAAGAGGGUCUUCUACACAGAGGCAACCAAUCAGAGGAAAGGGGGCGGUUUUAGCCACAUAUGGACAAAGCGGAUACAAAACUGGGUCAAACAGAAGUAGUUUCAGAGGGGCCUUUUCUGGGCACUUGUAUGACAAAACCAAGGUGUUUUUUCAAAUGAAAUUGACACUUUUAUACUAAGUCCAUGUUAGAGAGUCACUCUAUGGAGGUCUAAAUAGCCAAAUUACAGUACAUUUAUUGGCUAAAUCACACUUAUUCCUUUAGCCGGGGGUUUGUCAAACCAAGUUUUUACCAUAGUAAGUUAUUUAUUGUUAUUCAUUAACUGCUUUUACAAUGAUGAUGUUCAUUUUUGUAUUGACACUAUCGGAGAGUAUUCAUGCAUUCAUGAUCUAUUAUCCUAUUAGCAACUCGUUACAAAUGUUUAUUUUCAUGACUACAGCAAAUAAACAAAUAAAGGUCCACUGAAAUUAAAUUUACUGUUAUGUACCCCAAACAUGAAUGUUAACAUCUCUGAUAGUGUCACUCAAAAAUUGCAUGCUUACCUUUGUAAAGGUAAACUAUUUAAUACAACUUUAUUUAUGAAAUCCCUAACAUUUGGAUAUGUAAUUAAAGUGUCUAAAGUGCACAGUGACUACUUAACAGGCAUGUGAAUAUUGCAUUAUAAGCAGGUCCCACAAUUGAUGAACACAUCAACACACUAAAUACACGUGCACGCACGCACGCGCACACAUGCACACGCACGCACGCCCGCACGCACACUGUAUGAGAGAUGGAGCUAACUUUUUUUAUUUUUCUUGUACAAUUUGAUGUUAACAUUGUAUUCAUUGGAAGUGGUUCCCUGCCACAAUUGGUUGUGUAAGUGAUUAACUGCAUGUUUGUCUGUUUUCUCUUUGGGUAUGUGUCUAUCAACGUGUACCUUUAAAAAUGUCCUCAUCUGGUCCGUGUUUACUCAAAAUUAUUAAUUUCUCUGCAUAUGACUCACAACUCAUAUUGUCUGAGACGGAAUGUGAUACUAAAAUGUACUCAGCGUUCUCCAAAGAGAAAGAGAAAUGGAUGUCAAGAUGUCAGCCUGCACCAUCUGUUGUUUGGCUCUGGUUGUGGACUUUCAAGGAUGACAUCUGAUGACAAUUGCACCAACAGAUCUACUUAGCUUUCGGUGAACAUACUGUAAAUACUAAGCUGUGACCAAACUAAUUAUCCAUAUAGCGGAAAUGCUCUAGAAAAAACACCUUCAUUACGGCACUUUGCUUAAAUGCAGUGAACAUAAGUAAGUCAGUGAACAUAAUCGUGAGCACAGGAUAAUAAUAUACAGUGCGGUCACUGCGUUCCUCUGCCACUUGAGGUGUUGGUUACUAGCCACCUCUGCAUGGCUUGGCCACUGCAGCAUCUAUGACAUCAUCCACAACAAAUGACAUACAUAACAUAACAUAACAUAACAUAACAACAGUGCAAUCCCUGAUGUGUAAAAGGGGGCUUUGGAGAAGUUAAAACAUUAAAAACACACAGAGCAAUACUUCUGAUGCUCUAUAAUUGCUGUUGCUAUCAAAUGCAAUGUUGGGAAUAGUUAUGAUGACUCUUGUUAGAAUAUUUUGUUAUUAAGCGCAAAUUUUAUUUGGUUCUCAAAUUUUAAUUGUGUGCAUUUUUUAAAUCUUUACUUAUUUCCAUAUUUUAUACUAUUGUGCUGUCCGCAGUCAUUUUACUGCUGAUUGAGAUCUACAAACUGUUAAGUUGUACUCAUUGUCCAAUCAUCAUAAUUGUGGCUGCAAAAAAAAGAGCAAAUCAGGAAAUGUUGAGAGUAUCUUAUUUAAAUUUGUUGUUGUCAUAACACCAAUAACCAAAUUGCUUAUGACAAAGAAAUAGGAACAUAUUUAUGGCUUAUCAUAUUUGUUAUUCCCCUGUGUCAUUAUUUGUGUCUGGAACAAGUGAAAGCAAAGCCCACAUUUUGUUCCAAGUGCUAGUGAUUAAUAUUAUUGUCUUUCAUUCAUUAGUGGUUCAUAGUUUGAUUUGAUUUCUAUUUAUUACAUGUGUAUUGGUGGCAAUUAAAGCAAAAUUUUCAAUGCUUUGCAGUC